AUGGCCUCGAUCAACAAAGAACUAUACGCUAUUGCGCCUGGUUCGCGUGUUCUGGUCACAGGUGCCAAUGGAUUUAUCGGUUCCCAUGUUGUUCAGCAACUCUUAUCUCUUGGAUACGUUGUGCGAGGAACGGUGCGUUCCCAGAAGCCGUGGCUCGAAGAACUUUUCAGGUCCAAAUUUGGACCCAACAGUUUCGAGUCGGUUGUUAUCCCAGACUUGAGUGAUCUGGACACUUUGAGCAAGGCAAUGUCGGGUGUUAGCGGGGUGAUUCAUGUGGCAACGGACGUUUCCUUCAACCCGAAUGCUGAGGAGGUUAUUCCGAAAGUUGUGUCCGCCACCGAGACGAUUCUGGAAGCCGCCGCUAGACAACCAGCAGGAUCGAUUCAGAGAGUCGUCCUGACUUCAUCAGCUUCAGCGGCAACAUUACCACAACCGGGGGUGGAAGGGAUUGUGGUCACUGAAGACACGUGGAAUAUCGCGACGGUGAAUGCUGCUUUUGACGAAAGCACGCCAGCAGAUGCCAGGCCGUUCACGGUCUACGUUGCGUCUAAGACGGAGGGUGAACGAGCGGCGUGGAAAUGGGUUGAAAAGAACAAGCCGGCUUUCGUGUUCAACUCGGUCUUGCCCUAUUAUACUCUCGGACAAGUCCUUCACCGCGAGAUCCCUGGCUCCACCAUGAAAUGGGCGGCCAACCUGCUUGACGGUGACGUCGCCGCUUUCGGGUUUCCUGGACAAUUUGUCGACGUUAUUGACCUGGCACGCGUGCACGUCGUUGGUCUUCUGCAUCCCGACGUCCGGUCUGAACGUCUGUUUGCGUUCGCCUCGAGUUUCACCUGGAAGGAGUUCGUCGGCAUUUUGCAGAAAUUCCGUCCGGGUAAUACAAAAAUCCCAACCCCUCCCGAGAAGGAGCUCCGAGAUCUAAGUGAUAUCGUUCCUGCUCGGAGGGCGGAGAAUUUGAUCAAGUCAUUCUUCGGGCGGUCUGGUUGGAUUGGACUCGAGCAGUCGAUCCAGGCUGGAAUCGAUAGUCUGGGGUACUAG